AAUUUAGAAAGCCCAGCACUUCAACAACUUUCAUUUACUGUCAGACGAGGGGAAUUAUUGGCUGUGAUUGGUCCUGUAGGAGCUGGAAAAUCUUCGCUCUUAAGUGCUGUGCUUGGUGAGCUGCCUAAAGACAAAGGUUUGAUAAAUGUUACUGGAAGAAUAGCCUAUGUUUCUCAACAGCCUUGGGUGUUUUCUGGUACAGUAAGAAGUAAUAUACUGUUUGACAAGGAAUAUGAGAAAGAAAAAUACGAAAAAGUUUUAAAAGUCUGUGCUCUUAAAAAGGACUUGGAAUUAUUAGCAAAUGGUGACCUAACAGUAAUAGGAGAUCGUGGAGCUACGUUAAGCGGGGGACAGAAGGCCCGUGUAAAUCUGGCCAGAGCUGUGUAUCAGGAUGCAGACAUCUAUCUUUUGGAUGAUCCACUGAGUGCAGUAGAUGCUGAAGUUGGAAGACAUUUGUUUGAAAAAUGUAUUUGUCAGGCCUUACAUCAGAAGAUCACUGUUUUGGUCACUCACCAGUUGCAGUAUCUCCGUGCUGCAAAUCAGAUUCUAAUUUUAAAAGAUGGUAAAACAGUGGGGAAAGGUACAUAUUCAGAGUUCCUGAGAUCUGGCAUCGACUUUGCUUCCCUUAUGAAAAAAGAUGAGGAGGUAGAACAGCCAUCGGUUCCAGGAACCCCCAGCAUGAAGUCUGCCCGGAGCCGAACCUUCUCAGAGUCCUCUGUCUGGUCCCAGGAUUCUUCUGUCCACUCACAGAAGGAUGGAGCAGUGGAGCAACCACCUGCUGAAAAUGCACUGGCUGCGGUGCCAGAGGAGAGUCGCUCUGAGGGAAAAAUAAACUUUAAGGUUUACAGAAAAUAUUUCACUGCAGGAGCAAACUACUUCGUGAUUUUUAUACUUCUAGUAUUCAAUAUUUUGGCACAGGUGGCAUAUGUGCUCCAGGACUGGUGGCUUUCUUACUGGGCAAAUCAUCAAGAAAAGUUGAAUGUCACAACAAAUGGAAAUAAUGGAGCAAAUGAGACUGAACAUCUAGACCUUAACUUUUAUUUGGGAAUUUAUGCAGGUUUAACAGUGGCUACAAUACUGUUUGGCAUAAUAAGAAGUCUCCUGGUGUUUCAAGUUCUUGUUAAUUCUGGUCAGACUUUGCACAACAAAAUGUUUCAAUCCAUUUUGAAAGCUCCUGUCUUGUUUUUUGACAGAAAUCCUAUAGGAAGAAUCUUAAAUCGUUUCUCCAAAGAUAUUGGCCACCUGGAUGACUUGCUUCCAUUGACGUUUUUGGACUUCGUGCAGACUCUCCUACAGAUUUUUGGUGUGGUGGCUGUGGCUGUGGCAGUGAUUCCUUGGAUACUCAUCCCCUUAAUCCCACUAUUUAUUCUUUUCAUUUUUCUUCGACGAUAUUUCUUAGACACUUCAAGAGAUAUUAAACGUCUAGAAUCCACAACUCGAAGUCCAGUGUUCUCCCACUUGUCGUCAUCCCUCCAGGGACUUUGGACUAUUCGGGCUUUGAAAGCAGAGGAAAGAUUUCAAAAAUUAUUUGAUGCACACCAAGACCUCCACUCAGAGGCCUGGUUUCUAUUUUUGACGACCUCGAGGUGGUUUGCUGUGCGUCUGGAUGCCAUCUGUGCCAUUUUUGUUAUAGUGGUUGCUUUUGGUUCCCUGCUUCUUGCCAAGACUUUGAAUGCGGGGCAGGUUGGUUUGGCACUAUCCUAUGCAAUCACCCUCAUGGGAACAUUCCAGUGGGGUGUUAGACAAAGUGCUGAAGUUGAAAACCUGAUGAUAUCAGUAGAAAGAGUCAUGGAAUACACAGAACUUGAAAAAGAAGCUCCUUGGGAGACCAACAAGCAUCCACCACCCGAAUGGCCAAGCCAAGGAAUGAUAGCAUUUGAAAAUGUUAACUUCACAUACAGUCUAGAUGGACCUUUGGUGUUAAGACAUUUAUCUGUUUUAAUUAAACCAAAAGAAAAGGUUGGAAUAGUGGGAAGAACCGGAGCUGGGAAAAGCUCUCUGAUAGCAGCCCUCUUUCGCUUGGCGGAACCCGAAGGAAGGAUUUGGAUUGAUAAGUAUUUGACGUCAGAGCUAGGACUCCAUGACUUACGGAAGAAAAUUUCAAUUAUACCUCAGGAGCCUGUUUUAUUCACUGGAACUAUGAGGAAAAACUUAGAUCCUUUCAAUGAAUACACUGAUGAAGAGCUGUGGAAUGCCUUGGAAGAGGUGCAACUGAAGGAGGUUGUGGAAGAUCUACCUAAUAAAAUGGAGACGCAGCUGGCAGAAUCUGGGUCUAAUUUUAGUGUUGGUCAGAGACAGCUGGUGUGUCUUGCCAGAGCGGUUCUAAAAAAAAACCGGAUCCUUAUCAUCGAUGAAGCAACAGCAAAUGUAGACCCAAGAACAGAUGAGUUCAUUCAAAAGACCAUCCGUGAAAAGUUUGCUCACUGCACAGUGCUGACCAUUGCACACCGCUUGAACACCAUUAUUGACAGUGAUAGGAUUAUGGUUUUAGAUGCAGGAAGAGUGAAAGAGUAUGGUGAACCUUACAUUUUGCUGCAAGAACAAGAUGGAUUGUUUUACAAAAUGGUGCAACAAGUGGGCAAGACUGAAGCGGCUUCUCUGAUAGAAACAGCAAAACAGGUGUACUUCAGUAAGAAUUACCCAGAAGUUGUUCAGAAUGGUCAACUUGCCACAGAUUCCUCCUUGGAUCCUUCCUCAGGAUUAUGCAUAACUGAAACUGCACUGUGA